AGCAACAGUAUCAGCUAUGGUCUCGAAUGAAGCAGUCCUCUGCCCGGUGUACACACCACAUUUUUGACGGUCAACGGUGGUCAACAUAGCGAGAACAGCCGAAAUUAUUCAACCGGUCUCGAAGAAUUGUUAACGAGCUUUAUUUUUGUUGAUGCCUGACUGGAUACAGAAGGAGCUUUGGAUGCUUUGAGAUUUUGUUUUUGGUGCCCUAUUUCGAGACAUAAAACUAUGUGGUUCUUGUCCGGAUAAACUAUUCGACUAGCGGUCAGCGAACUUGACGGAGGGAGAAGAUUGAAGAAAAGCGAUUAGUUAUUUUUGGAAGUGACCAAAGGUGUUGGCUUGUAAAGAAUCCUACUUCGGAUUGCGUUGGGUGAGGUUAUUCGUGUUUGCAAACAAUGUGGAAGAAAUUUGAAAAUUGAUGUUCAAGCAAAAAUUGGAUGGUGUGCAAAGUAUAACAGUCAGUUAACGACCUCAGCAUUCUAAUACACCUCGAUAAGAAAAUAGUAAUCGGUGUUACAAUAUCGUGUGGACUGCAUUGUGCUGUGCUUGUGAGAAAAAUCUGAUUCACCCGAAAUUAUUUCAAGUGUUUUGAGCACGUUGGACCGCGAAGAUAAUAAUCGAAAACAUACACAUCAACCGUCAUUACGCAAAUUUGCCGAUGUUGUACAACUUCAACGUUCAAAAUCAGCCGUAGAAAAGUGGAACACCGGCAUUGGACUCAUGAACACAAAUUGUUCGCGAUUCAAAUAGGCAAACCUAGUUGGCUCAACGCAGCACGCGUUUAGGAAGGAAAAGUAACAAACAGCAGCUCCACCACACCGCAUUUCUGCAGAAGAAUUCCCAAAAUGGAUUCUACCCAAAAACUAAACCCCUUAGAACUGGACGAAACGCACCUUUUCGGAAUGGUGCCGGAAGCGAUGGUCGACGAACAUGAACCUAGUUUGGCUUCUACUCUAGGAAUUCCAUUACUGAACUCCAAAUUGAGCCUACGUUCGUCCUCACCCGAUGACAACGAUAAAAGCUCUGGCAUUGGCAGUACCGUGAGCAGCAUUGCAAAUGCAGAAAUCGUGCAACAGGAGACAAGUGGCAAAGUGAAUGGCGAUUUGUUCGUACCGGCACGCAGUUCAAGAAAUACGACACCAACCAUGGACGAGGUUGGUGGCGACCCAAAUGAAAGCGAGAGUCUUAAGACGGUUGUGAUUGACAUUGAAAAUGAGGAAGGAAAAAAACAAGACGGCAAAAUGAGCUAUGCAGACGUGGUACAACAACUUCACACGACCUUCGCUAGUGGAAAGACGCGCAAUGUCGAGUUCAGGGAGAAGCAGCUUAAAAACAUGCUGCGCAUGUAUGAGGAGAACUCGGCAGAAAUGGUGAACGUACUUGCAGCCGACUUGCGAAAACACAAACAGGAGGCACACGUUUUGGAGAUCGAUUUCCUCAUCAAUGACAUUCGCAAUACCAUUUAUAACUUUCGGGAAUGGGUAAAACCGGAAAAACCCGGGAAAACGAUGGUCAACAUCAUGGAUGGAGUGUACAUCUACAAGGACCCGUACGGAGUGGUGCUGGUGAUUGGCGCAUGGAAUUACCCUUUGCAGUUGACCCUGGUCCCGGUGGCAGCCGCAAUAGCAGCGGGAAAUUGUGUUCUCAUCAAACCGAGUGAAGUGGCACCAGCGACAUCCAAGUUUAUUGCCGAGACGAUUCCAAAGUAUCUCGAUUCGGAAUGCUUUCGUGUGCUAGAAGGCGGCGCAAAAGAAACGUCGGAGCUGUUGAGACAGAAGUUUGACUACGUUUUCUACACCGGUUCCGGUCGAGUAGGAAGGAUCGUGCAUCAGGCAUGCAAUGAAAAUCUGACACCAUGCACCUUGGAGUUGGGUGGCAAAAGUCCCUGCUAUAUCGACAGCACAGCGGACAUUCCAAUCGCGACGAAACGAAUUCUGUGGGGCAAGUUCAUCAAUGCCGGGCAGACCUGUAUUGCCCCGGACUACUUGCUAUGUACGAAACAGGUUCAGAAGCAAUUCCUGGAAGAGGCUAAAAACAUUCUGAAAGAAUGGUAUGGUGCAAAUCCAAAGGACAGUCCUGAUCUGUGUCGAAUCGUCAACCAGUCACAUUUUCAACGUUUGAGUGCCAUGAUCAAGGGAGCAAAUGUAGCAAUUGGUGGAGAAACAGACUCCCAGGAGAAAUAUAUAGCUCCAACGAUUCUCGUCGAUGUCAACCCGGAUGACCCCGUAAUGCAGGAUGAAAUUUUUGGUCCUAUUUUACCCAUCAUCAAUGUUGAUAAUGCGUACGAUGCCAUCCAUUUUAUCAAUUCGAGAGAAAAGGCACUGUCGAUGUACAUCUUUAGCAACAACAAAACUGACACAAAAACAAUAAUUUCUAACACCUCGUGCGGUGGAAUCUGUAUCAACGAUACCUUGGUACACAUGUCAGUUGAAACACUACCGUUCGGAGGUGUUGGACCAAGUGGAAUGGGUGCCUAUCACGGAAAGUACUCGUUCGAUACGUUCGUCCACAGAAAGUCGUGCUUGGCAAAGGACUUCAAUCCGAUAGGCGAGAAGCUGGCCUCCUCUCGGUAUCCACCAUAUUCGGAUAGCAAGCUAUCCUUCCUGACGGCCCUAUUGAAGAAGCGCCAAGGAUUAUCGAUGAAGUUCCUGCCAUACGUGCUGAUGUUCGGUAUCGGAGUAGCUACUACGCUUAUCGUGAGCUCUUUAAUGAAGAGACGUGUGCACUGAAAGUUUGCUUCUGCUAGGAAAAAAAACACAAGCUUAGUAUGAACAACACCUAAUCAGUUAACUGUUGUGUAUGUUUCACGAUUGUUAGUAUUGAUAUAUGAUGAGUAUUCGAGCAAAAAUUGAAUUUUAAUAAUUACAC